GCGGAUUUCUGGCUUUGUUCUGACGCUGACGAAGGAGGACCGAGCAUCCCGCCCUUCCUGACGCCCCUCGCCAUCACGUAUUCGUCCCCGGAGGAGCAAGCUUUGGGUGGUCCCGCCUGCUGGCUCUGGGACUUCCUCAGGAGAUCGGGGCGGCGAGGACUCCUGCUGCCUCUCGAGGGCGACAUCGACUCCUCGCUCACGGCGGCGAUCGUCGUCCACAUGUGCCAGCUGGUGGUGAAGGCCGUGGCUACAGGAGACGAGAAGGUAUUAUCAGACAUAAGACGGAUAGUGGGCCAGGAGGACUACGUGCCUAAUGAGAAUCGUGACCUGUGUCGACGCCUGGUUCGGACCCUGUGUUUACGAGGCGAAGGAAGGUCGACGCGUCAUCUUGCUUUGGCAGAGGCCUUAGCGAGGGAUAUGGGGAGCCGGCACACCAUCGCAGACUUGAGCGGAGCCGUUCGAGCGAUGCAAGCCGCCUUUGAAACUGCAAGCCAAGUCAAGCCAGACGCAGCCUCACUUCGAGAUCUUCUGUCGAGACUGAAGAUGUCGUUCGCCUUUCUCUAUGCCCAGGCCUCGAGGGAAGAAGAAGACGAAAGAGAAAAAGGGAUCAGAGAAACAGCCUGAAGAUACCUCUGGCCGUCUCCUCGUCCUGACCUCGGCGAACUGUGACCUCCUGGCGAGCGGGAAAUGGGUCAAAUUUGGUCAGUUUUCCGGAGAUGUGAACCUGGUUGGGAGGUUUCCGGAGGAGGUGGUGGAGGGGGCGAUCGAGAGGGCCACGCGCAGCUUCGCCCUGCCUUCUCUCGCUGACAUUCUUUCCGAACACGAGAAGAGGAGGAAGAAAAUAAAGAACUACGGAGAAAGAAUAGGAGAAGGGAGAGAAGAAGAAGUAGGAGAAGGAAAAGAAAGAGAAUUAAGAAAAGGAGAAGAAGAAGAAGAAGAAGAAGG